AUGUACCAGCGAUCCAUAAAAGCACUGAUACCUCUCGUUCUUCUCUUCCUGGCUGUCAGCAUCACCAAUGGGGUGAUCGCCGCAAUAUCAAUGAGGGUUAUUUCAGCGGAGGAGUUUGUUCUUUCCGGCACCUAUCAGUGCAGUUUUGACUAUGGCGGAGAUGUUCUACUUCUGGAUACUAUCAGUUGGAUACUCGGAACUGUAUGGGAGGUUUUCGCACUGUGUCUCGCAGUCUGGAUUGCUGUAAAACACUUCCGUGAACUGCAACAACAAUCAGGCGGACGGAUCAUCGAAAACUGUUUGACGGUGUUGAUAAAAAGUCACAUGGGUUACUUUGGGAGUUAUCUUGCAACUUCUUGCUUCAACCUCGGUCAUUUUUCUCCAGCCAUCUCAGGGAACCCAUAUUCCACGGGAAGUCAAAUCUAUGCUGGUGUUGCUCAAAUUCUCUUGUCCGUGCAGAUGUAUGUGCUGGGACCGCGCCUUGUCCUUAGCAUUCGAGAAUAUCACGCCAAACUCGUAGCCGACUCCGAUGCAGCAACCGCCAUGACUUCAAUUGCUUUCCAGGAGCGCGUAUAUGUGUCAACUAGCAGCACUGUGUAG